AUGCCUUCUUCUGCGCCCAACAUGCUCUCAAAAUGCACCAUCUUCCCAGACCAAAAAUCCAGUAUGGGAAACCUCAAACUCUCAGUUUCAGACCUCCCCAUGCUCUCCUGCCACUACAUUCAAAAGGGGUGCCUCUUCACUGAACCUUCUCUCCCAAUCCACACUCUCAUCCCCCUCCUCAAGUCCGCACUCUCUCGAACUCUCUCUCUCUUCCCACCUCUCGCUGGUCGCCUCCACACUGAUUCCCAAGGUUACGUCUACAUCACCUGCAACGAUGCUGGCGUCGAUUUCGUCCACGCCAUUGCCACCGGAAUCUAUAUCCGCGACCUCUUAUCCCCACCCGAUGUCUCCCAAUCCUUCAAGGAAUUCUUCCUCUUCGACAGGAAAGUUAGUUACAGCGGCCACUCCUCCCCCCUUUUGGCCGUUCAGGUCACUGAGCUCCCCGACGGCUUCUUUAUUGGCUGCGCCGUUAAUCACGCCGUCACCGACGGAACCUCCUUCUGGAAUUUCUUCAACACCUUCGCCCAAGUCUGCAGAGGAGCUAAUAACUGCAUCCGAAAUGUCCCGGACUUUCGCCGCGACUGCAUCCUGAUCUCGAAAGCCGUGCUCCGGUUGCCGGAGGGUGGUCCGAAGGUGACAUUCAACGCCGACGCGCCGCUGCGCGAGAGGAUUUUUAGCUUCAGCCGCGAAGCCAUUCAGAGGCUGAAGACCAGAGCCAAUAACCGGCGGUUGACGGAGGCUUACGACGCUUCCGAGUUGAUGCAUAAGCAAAGCAACGAUCAUCGUCACCAGAAGGAGAACGGCAAGGUCGCCACGAUCCUCGAGAACUGGUUCAAGAGCUCCGCCGUUAAUUCGAAACCGCAAACGGCUACGGCAGGCGAAACGGUUGAGAUUUCGUCGUUUCAGUCGGUGUGCGCGUUGCUCUGGCGCGCGGUGACGCGCGCGAGGAAAUUUCCAGCGUCGAAAACGACGACGUUCAGAAUGGCUGUUAACUGUCGUCACCGGAUAGAGCCGAAAUUGGAAGCGUACUACUUCGGGAACGCGAUUCAGAGCGUGCCGACGUUUGCUUCUGCAGGCGAAGUGCUGUCUCAGGAUCUGCGAUGGUGCGCGGAGCAGCUGAACAAGAGCGUGAAGGCGCACGACGAAGCUAUGGUGCGGCGAUUCGUAGAGGAUUGGGAGAGUAACCCGAGGUGCUUCCCGCUUGGGAACCCCGACGGUGCAUCGAUCACCAUGGGUAGCUCUCCGAGAUUCCCAAUGUACGACAAUGAUUUAGGGUGGGGACGGCCCUUGGCGGUGAGGAGUGGAAGGGCCAACAAAUUUGACGGCAAGAUAUCGGCGUUUCCUGGCAGAGAUGGCAGCGGCACCGUUGAUUUGGAGGUUGUUUUGGCGCCAGAAACCAUGGCAGGGCUGGAGUCUGAUCCCGAGUUCAUGCUAUACGCUUCGAGUCAGUUAUGA